AAUUUUAUUAGUAGUUGUCAGUUUGACAAUAGACAUGAACAAGUAUUUCUCAAAAUGGUUAUUGUUUUGCUGAUUUAAAUCUAAGUAUCUAAAAAAUGAAUUAAAACAUUUCCAUAGUGCGUUACACGUUAAACUCACUCUUAACCUAAACGGCAAGAUGAACGGCCACAUGAAAGAGGCUUUCAGCCGAAUGAAACCACUAUGUGAUUUAAUUAUGGUGAAUCCUUCACCAGAACAUGUAUCAACAUUUGCGGCAAUGGUUUGCGAAUUGAAAAAGGAUUUAUUGCAGGAAUUACAACAGUAUAUGUUGUUCCCUUUCAUAACUCACAUACAGUCUAAAGAGAUUGUAGGAAAAUAUGAAUUACAAAGACUUUUAAUAGAUGGAAUGAAGGUUGUGCUACAAAGAGUUCGAAUAUUUAGUUUUGAAAUGUGUAUGAAAAUUGAAAUGGGACUCCUUGGUCUUGUAUUUGAAAAACCCAAGCCAGGAAUGAUUGCUGAUGUACCAGAGGAAUUGAAACUCAGUGUAAUUCAGUGCUUAACAAUUCUAAUGUUAAACGUAGAUCACCCUACAAGGGUCAAAUUGGUACAAACACAGGUGCCAAUGCUUGCUCAGGCCAUUUUUGUAUCUGUUCACUUGGCUAAACUAGAAAAACUUCGAGUAUUAAGAUUGGCUGCUAUAAACUGUCUUUGUGCACACACAGCUUCACAUCCGCAACUCACAGAUAAAGAUUGUCAUAUAACGGAUCCAGUGCUAGAGACAGCUGUUGUGAAUAUGAUGUCUUGCAUCUUGCCUGGAGUGAUGGCGGCUUUGCAGGAUGUGGCCACUUGUACUGAUAACCCGGGUCACGCUAUUGUUGUGGCGGCCCUAAACGCUACACAUCGUGUGCUUUGUCUCACAAUGCACAACAAACACUUGCCCAAGAAGGACAUCAUAACGGCCGACGACUUUGUCAGUAUGUUGUCAGAUAGGGCCAUGACAGACAAAGAUGUAAGCAGUAAGGAUAUUAUACGAGAUGUAACGUUAAGCGCGAUAAUCGCAUCAAGAGAUUACCAUUCAUUGGCUGAAUUUAUCAGAUCUGGCAGAGAUCUGGAAGCGACAUCACCUAAUGUACCGACUAAUAAACGGGAUAAGGGAAAGGGGUCUAGGGCAAAGAAUAAACGUUACAAUAACGGUAAUAACACCAGAGAUGGGAAUCACAAUAGAGAUGAUAAUGUUGAAAGAGCUUCGGCAACGUUUAAAAACUCAGGAUUGGCACCCAAAGAUAUACCAAAGCGUACCCCAGAGUGGUACGCCAUGGCAGGUGAUAAGUUGACCAUGGUGGUCAAGAGUCUGGUGCCGCUCGUCACUCACGAGCACUACAAAGUCAGGAAAGAACUCGCAGUUCUCUGCUACAGGAUCGUUUCUGAGUGUAGCUCAACUAUGCAGCUCUCCUUAACAAUGGCGCUCGACGUUUUAAUAUCCUUGUCAAACGACCCAUACAAGGAAGUAUCGGAGUACGCAUCUAAUGCCAUAAACUCCUUCUUCAGCUCCCAAUCUGAAACGAGCAAGAUGGAGGCAAUCGAUAGUAUGUGCGAGAACUUUUUCACGACGCUCAACUGUUUGCCGCGAAUAUUGAAUAAUAUAGACUCGAACAGGAAGCUGUCUGCGCUGUACCUGCUGCAAGGCUACCUGCGCGUACUGUGCGGUGGACGACCGCAGCGACUGACGGGUGCGCUCUGCGCCAGCGACGGAUACGACCGGCUGUGUGACGCGCUGCUGUGUGCUGCCUCGCACCACUCGCGACACGACCUGCUCGUGCGACACUCCACGCGCGAUGUAUCCUCUCCUGCUCCCUUGGACGGGCCGUGGCGCCGCUUGCGACAUCUGGACACGCGGGAGUGUGAAUUGAAGCUUCAGGAGGUUUGCCAGAAGCUAGGCGAGGCUGAAUGCGCCGAGCUAUUCCUCGACAGACUUUUGGAACUUUUCCACGAGAGACGAACCUGCGAACUCGUCUACGUCAUCAAUUUCGUCGGUUCGGCUCCAAACUCGUCGCCCAACUUGGCGAAACGCAUCAUAGCGGCGUACACGGAGGAGGACGUGUGGUACCAGCCGCUGGAGGUGGGCAGCGCAGACGCGCCGCUGGAGCCCGCAGACACGCUCGACGCCGACGUGUACAACCCGCGCGCCUGGACCAAGGACAGCGUGCCGGGUCUCUACGAAGGAGCAACAGAAAUUCGCUACACAGAUAUAAGCCUUUCUCAACCGAGAAUCAAGCACGUGGAGCCUAACACGUGUGCUUCUCUCGCGGAGGCGCAGCGGAAUAUGGCCUUCUGUUGUCUCGUCACUGAGGGCCUGGGUCUCAUGGCAAGGCGACUCAAACGGGAUUAUCAACCAUACUUGCUGAAGACAUUAUGUCUGAUAUUGGAACGAGUCGGCAGUCAAUAUCAAUACCUACAUGAAGCUGGUUUAAUGGCCAUCAACAGUGUCGCUUUCGCCUUCGACCACGAAAAGGUGGCGGACCUGAUUGCUGAAAAUGCGGAUUACUUCACGAGUCAAAUUAGUUCUCGGCUCAAAAGGGCCUGGAAUACUGAGUCUGCGCUACAAAUACUGUCGGUCGUGAUGGAAUACAGCGACGAGAGUAUACUGGACUGUCUGUAUGGAAUAGUUGAGGAUGUUCUCGUUCAGAGCUGCGACAAAUACUACGAAAGUUAUCUGUCUUCAUAUUUACAAGUUUUCGAAACUUUCAUAAAAUGCAUUAGAAAUUGGUUUCCCGAAGAGACGAAACCUCAAACGAUUCAAGGGGUCGAUUUGGAAAUCGAUGUCAUAAAGGAAACCAUAGAUUUCGCAAACAAUACCGAGGAAGUGGAGAGAUUGAUGAACACGGAGGAGUUCGAGGCGCAGUCCGGUCGGAGCGUCGAGGAGAUGUACAAGGAAGACCUGAAGAGAAGAGAAGAGGACAUUUUGGACUACGACGAUACCGUCGAAUACGGCAGCGAAGUCGACCCGCAGCACAUCCAGGUUACGGUGACGAUCCUGAGGCGCUGCGUGCACUUCGUGCCGUCGCAGCGCGACACGGCGCUGCAGGCGCUGCGCGUGCUGGCGGGCGGGCUGCCGGCGCUGCGGGCGCGGCCGCACGCGCUGCUGCCGCUGGCGCACGCGCUGUGGCCCGCGCUGGCGGCGCGCGUGCGCGGCGGCGCGCCGGCCGAGCUGCGCGCCGCGCUGCACGUGCUGCUGGCGCUGUCCGCGCUCGCCCGCGACUUCCUGCGCGCGCGCGCCGUGCGCGACGUGCUGCCGCACCUCUACAAGUAUCUGCGCCGGACGGCCAACGACAGCCAUCUCAAGGACACCGGCUCCGCCUACCGCGUAUCUCAGGCGUACUACUUGCAAGUGGCGAUCCUGACCUCGAUGUCGAACUUUGUGAUCGACCUGAUGCUGGACGGAGAGAAUCUCGACGACGCCAUGUCCUGCGCUCAAAUAUAUUUGUCGAAGAAUCAACCGAAGCCCUUGCAGAUGCUGGCCGUGAAAUUUUUCAAAGACAUUCUGAACUACAACUACGGCGCCGCCUGGAACCAUCUGCGCAAGCUCUGCGCUAACGACUGCGUCCUUCAACCCCCCCAUACCAAGUACAUCCGACUAGAGCCCAUCGUAGGAACGCCAUAUGAGACGAUCAACACUAACUACGAUACCAAUGUCAAACUAAUAUUCUAUGUGCAUAAAUAAUUUAAAUAUCAUAAACUGUAGUUUGUUCUUGAUGAUAAGUGUCAUGGUAUAUAAUUGAGCGAUUGAUGUGCUUCUAAACACUUUCCAUUCAAUGGUCGUCGCAUCUUGGCUGUUAUUAUGUAGAUUUCUUUUUUAUAUUCUAAUCCUUUUUUUACGAAAAUUAAGGACGAUCUCAUUAAAAAAUUACAUUCUAUCGAAGUACAUGUCAAAACGCAUAAUAAAUGUUUGAAACAUUGCGCAAAUGUAGAAUAGUAUUAGGUUAUUGUAAUUUCGAAUAAAAUUUAAGCUAAAUUUAAAUUAUCUCAUCGCUGUUAUUAUGAUCUACUAAAUGUGUAAGCGAUGGUUAGGUUCAUGUAAAGAUUUAAAUGUGAAAUAAUAUUAAAACUAUAUUGAUACUGUGUGAGGCGAGGUGUUGAUAUCAAUUUCGUAUAAGGAUUACUCACGGUCUAUAAAAAGCCUAAAACCAGAUUCUAUUAAAAUAUUCAUCAUCCUAGUAUUUAUUAUAUAUGUAUAUAUUAUGAUAAGAUAUAUAUUUUUGAGAGGUGUGUAAAUAAAAGACGAUAUUGGCAGUAUGUA